AACAAGAAUCCGGAAAUGACGUCGCAUUUUUUCUAGUUCGGGACGAAAUCCGAGAGCCCGUUGACGGCGGACAACUGCGUCAAUAGCAGUUUUGGAGGACAGCUUGUACUAUACUUCGAUUUCAUAUGGAAAACAGGGGAAGCGGCCAUUGACCAACGGAUGGCUCUAUUUCCCGAAGGCGCCUCAGCCACCGGCCCUAUGGAGACAUCGAACUUCGCACACGUCAUCUUCCAGAAUGUAGGGAAGAGCUUCCUCCCUCACGCUGCGUUGGAAUGUCACUACACACUGACCCCAUUCAUCAAGCCCCACCAGAAGGACUGGGUGGGCAUCUUCAAGGUUGGCUGGAGCACAGCACGGGAUUACUACACGUUUCUGUGGUCACCAUACCCCGAGAACUAUGUGGAGGGAUCGACGGUCCAUAGGACGGUGGUCUUCCAAGGGUACUAUGUUCCCAAAGACGACGGGGAGUUUUACCAGUUCUGCUACGUCACGCACAAAGGCGACAUCAGGGGAGCCAGCACCCCCUUCCAGUUCCGCGCCGACACGCCCACUGAAGACGACCUUCUCACCGUGGAGGACGAGAGCAACUCGGACAUCCUGGUGGUCACCACCAAGGUCGGCCUGCUGGAGCAAAAGGUGGAGGAGGCACAGAAGGAGCGUGAGGAGCUGCUGACGGCCAUGGCCCUCCUGCAGAAGGAGAAGGAGCAGCUCCGGGAGGAACGGGAGCGCCUCCAGGGGGAGAGCGAGGACGAGCGGCAGGCUUCCGUCCAUCUGAGGAGCAAAAAUCAGGAGCUUCUGCAGUCCUCGCAGAUCCUGCAGGAUGAGAAGGAGGAGGUGAGGAAGAAGCACGAGGAGGCGACCGGAAGAAUCCGUCAGCUGGAGGAGGAUCUCAUCGGGGUCACGCAGAAGGGCAUUCAGAAAGAGACGGAGUUAGACGGCCUUAAGGACCGAUUGAGGAAGCUAACGUCGGAAAAGGACACCUUGGAGUCUCAGCUGAAGAACGAACGAGAUGAGAGGGAGCUGUACAAGAUUCAUCUGAAGAACACGGAGUUAGAGAACACCAAGCUGACUGCCCAGCUCCAGAUGCUCAAGUCCGUGGACAUGAACAAGGAGAUCACUGUAGCUCAGCUCCAGGAAGAGGUGGGCCGACUGAAAGCCUGCGUGGCCCAGAAGGAGAGUCUGCACAAGGAGCUCCUCGCCAGCAGCGCCUCCCCAGAGGCGACGUCGGCGCUGAAGGAGCAGCUGAGGCAGAAGGAGGAGCAGCUGCAGGCCACGCGGCAGCAGGCGGCCAUGCUAUCGUCGGAGCUGCGCGAUGCCGCCGCCGCCCGCGACCGCACCAUGUCGGAGCUGUACCACGCGCGGCUGGGGGCCGAGGCGCUGCGCGCCAACCUGACGGACGCCCAGGCCGAGUGCCGGCGCAUGCAGGGCCAGCUGGAGAAGCUGCGGGCAGCCGGGUGCCAGGAGGCGAGAGGCGAGGAGGAGCCGGGCGUGGGCGUGGCCUCGGAGAAGGAGGCGGAGCUACAGCGGGAGGUGGAGGAUUUGAAGCUCAGGUUACAGAUGGCGGCCGAACACUACAAGGAUAUGUGCAGGGAGUGUCAGAAGCUGAGGAAGCAGGUCGCCAAGCUGUCCGGGCAGCAGGGGGACUCGAAUAAAGGUUCAGCAUGCAGCUCUCCAGCCCCCGAAUCCCCGACCCGUUCAGAGAGCCCCGAGUCCCCCACAGCAGGGGGCCUCGCCGGUGUGGACGUCUUGCUGGACACACUGACCCAGGAGAGAAGCAGAGGCGCUGGCAGAGAAGCCAGCGACAGAUACAGGAAAUGCAAGCAGAUGCUGAACGAGGAGCGGGAGCGCAGCUGCAUGUUUGCCGACGAGCUGGCCAAGAUGGAGGAGAAGUGGAAGGAGCAGUGCAGGAUAAACGAGAGCCUGAAGCAGCAGCUGGCCGAGGAGGAGGAGCGCCGCAAGGGCCAAGUGGCAGAGGAAGACCACGAAGUCAGAGACUUGAGGGAGAAGGACAAAGCUGAAGAGGAACUGCAGAAAAACUCGGCUGGGAACAGUGCAAGCCCAGGGACGGAGUCAGCUGCGGCCCUGCCCAUCUUCCUGCAGUACCCCCUGCCGUACCCCCAGGACCCGGCGCCGAUCUCUCUCGUGCCGCAGCGCCCAGCGGAGCUCCAGUUUGGAAACCCCUACACAGCCCCAAACGCGCGAGACGGAGCGGACGGCGAGUUCUCUCCAGAGCGUGCGUCCAGGCCUUCGCCGGCAGGACCCCCCUCCUGGGACAACAACGUGGUCUGCAUCCAGCCGUCCCGCAACCUGAGCCCGCCAGAUGGUCUGGAGGACCCCGAGGAUCGUGGCAACUUGCAGGGCGGCGAUACUGAGCAGCCAGCGACUCAUGACUCUCAGAGUUCCCUACUCGGCGGCAGCCAGAAUCGCUUUUGCUUUGACUCCAGCAGCCUGGACAUCCACAAGCGCUGUCCGCUGUGUGAGGUCAUCUUCCCGCCACACUAUGAGCAGAGCAAGUUCGAGCAGCACGUGGAGAGCCACUGGAAGGUCUGCCCCAUGUGCAGCGAGCAGUUCCCCCUGGACUGCGACCAGCAGCUCUUCGAGAACCACGUGCUCACGCAUUUCGACGGCAACGUGCUCAACUUCGACUAGGGCACCCCCCAUC